GUGUAUGUGUGUGUGUGUGUAUGUGUGUGUGUGUGUGUUAGUGAGAGAGAGACUCGCUAAGCAACGAGCGACCUGCAAACGGGCAUCCGAGCCAGUCCGAGCAAAAACAGGAACCACAUUAUUCUCCGGUGUCUCUGCAAUGUUCCCGACGACAUUUCUCCGCCGCCUGCUCUGAUCCCGUCGAAGUGUCCGUCUGUCCAGACGUCGGCUCCAGAAGCAACCCAGAGAUUAAUGCAUCGAGCUGCGCGUCCCUGUUUGUUUUGACCUGCGUAGCUAGAAGGGAAUCCUGCAAGAGGGAUUAGCGGUCCGUCAAUGAGGAACUACCGGCUCAUCUUCUGCCACAACCUGAAGCAGCCAUAGAUGAUUCAGUGGUUCACUGGCCAGGGGAGGAGAGGAUAGGACACACUUUCACUGCUACACGACGUGAGGUCUUGGCGGGGUUGUGGUGAGGAGGAGGAGGCCAUGAGGAAGAGCGUGUCUCCGUUGCCAGGCAACGAGGGCGGGAGCUCAGCCGGCACCACUCGGGUCUUUGGCGUUCCGUUGGAGGAGGUGACGCGCACACACACAAUCAAUGGCCACGAGGUUCCUGCGCUGGUGAAACACAUCGUGGAGUACAUCGAGGAGCACGGUCAUCUGGACCUGGAGGGGCUCUUCCUUGUUAAUGGUAAUGCAGAGCGUGUGGAUUGGCUGCGCCAGCGUUAUGACAGCGGUGAGGAGGUGGAGCUAGAGAAGGAGGCGGACUUGGCAUCAGCGGUCAGUUUGCUCCGACUCUUCCUGCAGGAACUUCCUGAGCCCGUUAUCCCAACAGCGAUGCAGGGACACAUACUACAGCUACACCAAGAUUACAGCAAUGAAGAAGAACUGUGUAGAAACUUGAAGUAUCUCCUGCAGCAGCUUCCACAGCUGAACUACGGCCUGCUGCGCUUCCUGUGCCGCUUCCUGGCCAGUGUGGCGUCGCUUCAGCAGGAGAGCUGGAACAUCGGGACGCUGGCCGCCGUCUUUGGGCCUGACAUCUUCCACCUGUCCACAGAAGGAGAGGACCUGCGAGACCAGGAGUCUGUCAGCAGAGUCCUGGCAGAGCUGUUGGACAACCAGGAGGGCCUGUUUGACUCAGAGGACGAUGACGUCUCCACCACCAACGACUACAGCUCCAUUAACGAACAGAUCACAGAGCUGCUGGAUGAUGAGCGGUGCGAGGCAGAAUGUGAAGAGCUGCCUCAGGACGGAGAGGAAGGUCCCGCCUCCUCUGACUCACCACAACACACACACACUGACGACAGCCCCGCAGCCAGCUCCCACCUCUCCCCUAUAUCCAUCCUGCCUGCUGACUCUGCUGAGAUAAUCCAGCGAACCAUCAGAGCUGCAGUGGAGCAGCACUUCUUCGAUCUGAAAACCUCCAUCGACCAAGACCUCAGCAACUACGACAGCGCUGGGGUGAGUCCCAGUGAGCCUGACGACCACGGUUGCCAUGGAGACGAGGAGCAACAAACUGACCCUGAGGACAGCCCCUGCGACACAGAAGGGGAGACCCCGCUCAUACAGACCGAGCAGCACAUACAACAAAGCCAGACAGACACACAGGAUUCACUGGACUCUGGCGCCGCCCUGGAGGAGAGCUCAGGGAUGGAGCUGGACGCAGACGCUGUCAGAGAUGCUGAGAACAAUAUCAACACUGCCAGGCGGGACAAUCAACCCUGUGAAAUCAUGGAGCAGACUCAGUGUGACACUAUAAGCUGUGAUUCGGGCUCUUGCCGCUGUGAUCAGAACGCCAACACCAGCGAGAACAACAGGAACCUUCUGUCGCCAUGCCAACCGAUCACUGGCCAGAACCCCCACCUCCAACUGUUCCCUGACAGCCAAUGGGAAGCGUCACCUCCCUCUCAUCUCCACCUCCCUCCCAUAGACUUCUCAUGUAUGCACCUGCAGAAAGAAGGCCACGACCCCGUCCCGGCUUACAAAUCCUGGCAGGACGACAACGAGAGCGGAGAGGCGCAGCUCUCCCCGCUGGCCGGUCGCAUGGUUCCUCUCCCCCCUCUGCACCUGGAGGAGGAAGGCGAGGAGGCAGAGGAGGAGGGAGGACAGGAUGCCUCCCCCUCCUCUUCCCGCUCCCACCCUCACCUCCUCGCACGCCGCUUCCUCGACUUCGGAGCCCACAGUGCCCAGCGGUUCCUCCAGCAGGACCUGGACGCCACCUCACCCACCAAAGCACAGAGGCCACGUCGAGCAUCGUUUGGCUCCAAAGAGGCGAUGAGAGGAGGAGAUUCAGUGACCCACCAACUCACCAAGAAGCUCCAGCACCUGAAGAAGAAAAUCAAGCAGUUUGAAGAGCAGUUUGAGAAGGAGAGAAACUAUAAGCCCUCUCACGGAGACAAAGCAGCCAACCCCAAAGUCCUCAAAUGGAUGACUGACCUCACCAAGAUCCGCAGGCAGAUUAAAGGACGCCAGCACCACCUUUUACCCAGAAGCACGCUGAGGCACCAGGCUUUGCUCCAUUCAUACAGACGCCACCAUGCUCCCUACUCCUCCCCUUCCUCCUCCCCCUCCUCCUCCUCCUCCUCCUCCUCCUCCUCUAUCUGCUCACCUCCCCAUCACACACUCACCCCCCCGCUCCACCCCUACUCAGGCCUGAGCUCUAGACCGUAUCACCUCAAUGCCAAACACCGUGCAGAGAGCGAGCUCGGCCCGCAGACUCGUCCUCGCAGCAACACUUUACCCAAGAGCUUCGGCUCCACGCUGGACCAAGGCGCUCACGAUGCUGCGGUGGAGGCCAAAGGUCAGCAUCCCACCCGGGAGGAAACACUGGAGCUCAUCCAGCGCAGGGUCAAAGGGAAGAGGCAGGAGGACGGCUGGCCGGACGACAUCAAGAAGAUGACCAAGGAGCAGCUGUCCUGUGAGAAGACGGUCCUUCAGAAGAACCUGCUGCACUACGAGGGCCUGCACGGUCGACCGGUGACCAGAGAGGAGCGCCUGGUGGUGAAGCCUCUCUACGACCGCUACAGACUGGUCAAACAGAUGCUCACCAGAGUCAGCAUCACACCUGUCACGGUGUCCCCCUCCAGUAAGAGGCGAAGUCAGACCCUCCAGCCAAUCAUCGAGGGCGAAACGGCUCAUUUCUGGGAGGAGAUCAAAGAGGAGGAGGAGGACGAGCGCAAAGACAAAGAGGGAGGAGAAGAAGAAGAGCGGGAGGAGGAGAGGGAGGAGGAGGAAGAGGAGGAGGAGGAGGAAGAGGCAGAGAGCAGCGGCGGGGAGAUGCAGAGCUCUGAGGUCAUCAUGGCCGUCGACGUUAUGACCCCGACUGACGGACCAGCGAGGAGCCAGAACCAACCGGACCAGCAGAGCAACUGCCCAAUGACAGCCAAGAUGGAGGAGGGGUCGGGGAGGCUGGCGCUGGACCUGCGGCUGUCCAGCUCCAACGCCUCGUCCAUGCCAGAGCUGCUGGAACAGCUGUGGAAAGCCAGAGCAGAGAAGAAGAAACUGAGGAAGACCAUCCGCGAGUUCGAGGAAGAUUUUUAUCAGCAUAACGGAAGAAACGUUCAGAAGGAGGACCGGGUGCCGAUGCUGGAGGAGUACAGGGAGUACAAGAGGAUCAAGGCCAAACUCCGCCUCCUGGAAGUUCUCAUCAGCAAACAGGAUUCCUCCAAAUCCAUCUAGACCUCCUCAGAUACCAACUGUCACCGCACACAUCAGCUGUCAUCACUGCUGCGAGGACUCGCCGGGGACGCCAUCACAUCCUGACAAACGCUCCUGCAGACAUGAACAGUCACCUGCAUCACCGAGACGCUCGGUCACACCCGACCAACACCAGUUCAGUUGUUCUGCUGCAUUCAUGUCACGGAGAAAAAAAAAACUAAAUUAAAGUGACUUGCUGGUUCAGAGUUACAGAACGCUUUGGAGAACUGAACUUUAAUGUUGUGAUUUAACUUUCCUUCAACUUUCAGUCACAGUGAGACGGAUUUCUGCAGCAUCCAGUCAGACUGCAGACAAACACUGAUCACAUUAUGGAUGGUGGUGACACGACGACUGUGUUGUCUCUAUAAUCACCUCCGAUGAGUUUUAAUCGUGCUAAUCUGCAAGUUCUUACAAGACGUAGGCCCAAAAAAUUGAAGAAAAAUAUGCAAAUUUUAAGCAUUUUGAUCACAGAAUCACUUAAAUCAACACAUUUGUUUGAUAAUCUGCACGUGACUACACAUAUAUAUUUGUUGGUGAUCUCAGAAUUCAUCAACAUGAAGAUAUUUUAAAGGGUGAAGUUGGAAAUGUAUUUUUACAGACGUUUUUUUCCGUGACUUGAAUGCAUCACCAACACCAGUUAAACUUAAAAUCACUCCUGUCAGCCACAACUGAUCUCUGCUGCCUCGUCCGACUGCAUAUCAAAAAAAAACUCGGAGAAAAAGGAAUCAUCAUCAUCAUCAUCAUCAUCACUGUUCGUCUUCAUCAUCAUCAUCAUCCCAACAACGUGACUCAAGACUUUGCACUCGUCUUCUGAUUUCCUCGACUUCUGAGAAAGAAAACAAACAAACACUUUCUGACUUUUUACUUUCUUUUCUUUAGUCGAUUGUCGUUGAAUCUGAGCGGACAGCCGGAGGACUGGAGGCAUUUUAGACACUCUUUCUUUGGGACGUUCAACUGUUCCGCCUCGCGUCAGGGAGUCGGGAUCUGUCCCAGCCGCCUCCUCGACGCCAGGCGAUCGGUUGUUAUUCUGUUCUGACCGUAAAUCUUAAUUUAACAUCGCAGAUGAUUCACCUUCUGAGGGAUUUUACGCUUAAGUCACAAGUUUAAAAGCGAGUUUGUGUCGUGUAUACAUACGUGUUUGUGAGACACUGCUGUUCACGUUCUUCUUGAAUGAAAAAGAAUAUGAAAAAAUAAUCGUAUUAACUCCCAGUGUGACCUUGGAGCUGUUGUGAAAGACUUUUCCUUUUUCGUUUAUUUCUAUUCUUCAGCAUCUUUGUUUUGGUUUUUUUUUCCUCCCUAUUUUGGCGACAUUUGUCAGUAAGAUGGACACUAGAUGGGUGAACGUUGGUGCUGAGUAACUCUGAACUGUGUUUCUCAUGAGCCUCUUCAAGAAAACGCUGCUCUGAAGUCACGCUGGUGACUUUUAAAGGCAGCGUUCGACUGAUGGCGUUCAUGGAACGCAGUCCUUCGAUCAGGAGGUUUUAAGAUGUUUUUUUGUGUUUCACUACUCGUGGCAGUUUCUGAGGGAUUGUGGGUGAUAAAUGCGGAGAAGAGGAGCCAGUAUCUGUUGCUGCUUCUUCUCUGAAACCAAAAGCAUGUUGGCUGCCGGCGUCAGCGCAGUUAGACAGAGUUUCUUAAACUCCAGUGACGACACGGUCGGCGGUUGCCGUGCAGCCGAUGCGACUGUCACAGAACGGCUGGUGGAGCUCGGCGAACGUUUGAUUGUAGCUUCAGAGGCCGCUGGGUGGACGAGGUGCUGACGCUGCAGAAGCAGCUCCUGUCCGGUGGGUCGGCGCUGAGGGUUCUGAUCAGUAUGUAGCAUGAGAGCGAUCACAGGAACAAUCCUCCGCUGUGUUUCUCUGCAGUCCCAGUGAAGUUUCAUUUCCUGCUGGCAGGUAAAAUGAGGGCAGGUGAGGAAGAGGAGAAGGUUUGAGGUGUGAUGCAUGCCGACGUGCUCGUGCUCUUCAUUUUUCUUCUUCUUCUUCUUCUUCGUCGUCGUCGUCGUCGAGGCCGUGUUGUCUUGUAUCAGAUGAGAGUUAAGAUGUCACAGUGUGAUUUGAAACGUGGGACGAAGAAGUUGUCCGACUUCAGCCGGUGUGUUUGUAAACCGGCGCUGUCGGCGGGGGAGGUUCUAUUGUCAGAACCUCUUGGGCUUGUAAAGCGGCUCGGCGGGUCGGAUCGGGUUCUUUUCUUUGCUGAACUGCCAGAAUCAAAGUCGACUGCAGUCUGUUGCAGACGUGUUGGUUUAAAAAUCAAAGUUGUGAACGAGUCACGAGUUGAACUGUUUGUGGAGAAUACGAGGGAGCUCCGGAGGUUUGAUGUAAAAAGAUGUUAUUUGCACAGCAUUCACAGAAUGCAGCCCUUUUGUGUUCCUUUUUUUUCAUUUGUAUUUCUAAAAAUGAAGCACUACUUCUAUACAAAUAUAAAUAUAUACUGUACAUAAAAAAAACACCCGAAGGAAUGAAUGUCAGAAAUGUUUAAAUUAUUUCAAACAUUACGUUUGGCCCCCUUUGGUUCAUUAUAUUUGUGAUGCCCUGAGAAUGUGUUUUUUUUUAUUAUUAUUAUUAUAAAUAUUGCUAUUACUAUCAUAACCAUUAUUUUGUGUGAUAAUGACAAUAAUAAUAAUCCUUUUGUAUCUACUCACAAACUGUAAAACCAGCUGUAGAAGUUAGUCUGGCACUGUGUGGCUAAUCCAACAUGAACCUGCUCCCUAAUCUGAUUUCUUUCGUCGCUCUGUGUAAUAUAAGCUAAUAUAGAAGCAGUACUGUAGUGAGCUUGCAUGGCAAAUGAGAACAUAAUAGUAUGAAUAACACAAUGUAUUGUUUCUAUUAUUUGUGCCAUGAAGAAGCAGCAAUAAUAAAAGUUGGCGUGGAGGUUUUACAGUGCCGGGUAGCGAUGAGUGGGAUUGACUGUGUGUGAGAAUAUUCGAGGUACAUUUAUGAUUUCUCUUUAGUGUUUUCAGCCUCACGUACACACACACACACACACACACACACACACACACACACACACACACUCUGCUCAGACGGUGUGUUUUUACCACUGUUGUCAGCAUAAUGUUCAUGUUGGCGCUGCUGAAAAACCAAAAUAAGAAUUUAAAGGAAACAGGAAGUUGAACAGAGAUUGAAAAGCCAGUGACAGAUGUGUGAAAUCUGCAAACAUUCCAGUUUUUAAUCAUCAUUCAAAAAGUGGAAACAGUCCGUCGUCAGUCUCUGAAGGACUUUUCUUUUCUUUGACUUUACCUUUUUUGUUUGAGAGGUCGAUUUGUGUGGCGCCUCCUCAGUUUCCUUGAACAUUGUUCUUCAUUGUGCCUGCAACAGAGUGGUAAAACUCACGUGUGGUUCAUACGUUGUAAACUGUAAAUGUGUCUCUGUCGGUGUACAGUUCGUUUCAUCUCACACUCGUCUGACGUGCACGGUCGCUUCACACACCUGGAAGUCACAGCAGGCGUCGCUGUCGAGGCGACGAGGAGACGAUCGGAGUCUAACGAGUCUUUAAAGUUGAAAGGACAUGAAAUCUUCCUGACGUGACGCCGACGCGUGCUGUGAAUUCCUCCGACCAGAGAUGUUUCUGGCUUCCUCCAGGACAUGUGAUACUGUGUUUUAUCACAUCGGUAUAUUGUAUGUAUGUAUGUUAUCUAUAAAUGUUUUCUUACUUUGUG